AGCAAAGGGCUAAAAAAUAAAAAAUAAAAAAAACAAAACAAAGGACAGAGGGAAUUGAAAGAACACAAAGAAAAGUCUGACACUUAAAAGUGUGAAUUCAUCAUUCAUUUACUGAUGCAGCUAGGCGUGAACAACUCAUCCACAUCCAUGGCGUCUUUUACGCCCGAUGCUGAAACCUACCUGGGUGUAGACACAAGCGUAUUAAUUCCAAUUUCUGUGACUUGGGCCGCACUGGGUCUUGUGUCUACUGCGCUCAACAUCAUUGUAUGCCUGAUAGUUUUGAGCGACCGACGGCUGUGGACAAUUACUAAUUCAUUCAUAGUGUCUCUUUCGGUGGCGGAUCUACUUAUAGCUGCUGCACUCAUACCGAUUUACAUUUGCGAGAACUUUACCAUGACGCAGACGCCUAUCACAGGGUACGUUAUCGCCUUUCUACUCCUUGCGUCGAUCUUCAACAUCGGAGCGGUAACCUACGAGCGAUACGUGGCUCUGACAAGACCAUUCGGUUACCGGGUGACAAUGAAUGCGACCAGGGUUGCGGUGAUUAUCUCCCUGUGUUGGAUCAUACCGUGUUUCAUUUCGAUACUUCCACUGGCUUGGGAUGCGGAUCCGAUGUCAAAAUAUCACAAAAUUUACAUGUUUGUUACUGUGUUUGGCUUCGUUCUGUUGCCGUGCUUAGUCAUGGUAUGGAUUUAUGUGCGUCUUCUUCGCGUCGUACGUCGAUUCAUCUCUCGAAAUCGAAGGCGGUCCACUUGGGGUAACAGAACAGGUGAGCGAGCGGGGAAUGAAGACAAGGCUGUGAUAGUGUUUGCUUUAAUUUUCGGGAUGUUUCUCCUCUCUUGGAUGCCACUUAUUUACAUCAACAUUUGUGAAAUAUUUGAUCAGCUUCACCUGAUCACAUUACCGGUUCUCUACGUUUCAUUUUAUACGUUGCUUUUCAACACCAUCAUGGACCCGUUGAUCUACGCGUUUUUGAAGAAAGACUUCAGCGAAAGUUUAAAGAAAAGGUGGAAAAAAGACAACAAUAACACUCCGAGAGAAGAAUCACAAAUUGAAAUCACAAUGGUUAAAUCGAAAUGUUAAUGAAAUAGUCUAGUUGCGAUUCAGAUUAAGCUGUGUGAACUUUUUUAAUAGAGCUUUUUGAGGCAGAACACUGCAACUAAAACAGAUUUGCCUUUAUUAACUCUGAUGGGAACUUCAACUUUUCGCGCUGCUGUGGACGAUCAUUCUCAGUCGGGGACGAUCUCAGGAGUUUCAAGGAAAGCCGGUCACUGCUGUUUGUUUAGCUUGCGGGCAAGCUCUCGUGUUUUGGUGGGUUUUGCCUUACAGGCCCUUAUAGACCUUACAGGCCCUUAGUGGACUCCCUGGUGGCCAAAACUAAAUUUCUCCUUACAACGUCAAUCGUUUUCAAGGAGAAACGUGAGGAAAGGAAAGAAAAGUAUUAGCCUGGGUAACUUGUUUAAUUCAACACCAAAUUCCCACCAUGAAAAUUAUGAUUAAUGUAUGACAGCGGGCGGUAUUUUGGGAGUGAAAGGGUUCAUAUUUCGGAUUUUUUCUUAUACUUUUACAACAUAAGUCAAGGAAAUCACGUAAAUGCGAUUAUCUUUCGCGAUUUAUGGGCUCGAAUAACAUUUCAACUGAAACUUGAUUAAACUUGAAAACCUUCUACAACAUCAAGAAUGGCCGUGAACCACCAGUUUUACGAGCAGUUUAUACUAUAUUUUUAUUUCUUCAGUAAAAUCAUCCUUUUGAACGCUACUUUGAACUUUCAUGGUGCACUAUAGUUAGCUCGAUAAUAUCGAACGAUUUGUAAAUGCUCCUAUGUUUUAUUAGAAAACGACGGGAAAACUUUAGUUUUAGCUUAAUUUUUAGAAAGUUUAGUGAGGAGAUCUCGUAUCGCGAUCUAAAAUAGAUUUAUGCACUUCGCAAUCGCUCAAUCGGGUAAACUAUGAUUCGACGAGUAUGUAAUGCGUCCAUAUGAAGGCUGGGAUUGGCCGAGCCAGUGCCAGGUCGCUCAAGUGGCAUCUUUGUUGUUGUUGUUGUUGUUGUUGUUGUAGGAGAUGCUGAGCUAAGAAAGCUUGGAAAAUUCUCUUAAAGUUGUGUAGGGGUGUGGUCAAAGCCAAAUCAGAAAUCAGCGGUAAAUAAAAAGAAUAAAAGCUGCCCUAGGAAAACAAACAACAGUUCUUCCCAAGGUGCACCAAAGGGAAAAAAAAAAUGUUACAUCUGCAUCUCGAGAUCCCCAUCCCAACCUCUAUCUUCCAAUGCUUUUCCGAGGGUUUGUUUUUCUGAUUAUACAUUACAAGACUUAUGCUUAGUUAAAGGUGUGAUUUCUUGGAAACUUAUCGA